AUAAAUGUGAUAAUUUCAUUUUUCUUUACAGGUGAAUAAUAUACCAUUGUAUGAAUGUACCACAUUUUCAUUAUCCAUUCCUCAGUUGAUGAACACCCAGGCUCUUUCCAUUUCCUGGGUAUUGUGAAUGUAAUAGCAAGUAACGUGGAUAUACAAGUGUCCCUAUAGUAGGAUAUAGAGUCCUUUUGGAUGUAUGCCCAAGAGUGAUUAAGCUGGGUCGUAUGUGCCACCAGAAGAUAUUACCUGGGUGCAGUGGAACUAUACUGGAACUAUAGGCAGAGUGACCUGCUCAAUGUGCUGCAUACGGACACAAGAUUUCUUCCUAGAAUGCCAUCAACUUUUCCAUUCAACACCUCCAUCAUGUACAAAAAGACUGUGUUUGUAGAGUACAUGGACCACCUUUUCAACAUUGCCAAGCCCAGGCCACCCUGGAUGGGUCUGCUGGGUCCUACCAUUUGGACUGAGGUUCAUGACACUGUGGUUAUUACACUUAAAAACAUGGCUUCUCAUCCUGUCAGUCUUCAUGCUGUUGGUGUUUCCUACUGGAAAGCUUCUGAGGGAGCUGAAUAUGAAGAUCAGACAAGCCAAAGGGAGAAGGAAGACGAUAAAGUUUUUCCUGGUGAAAGUCAUACCUAUGUUUGGCAGGUCCUGAAAGAGAAUGGUCCAAUGGCCUCUGACCCUCCAUGUCUCACCUAUUCAUAUCUUUCUCAUGUGGAUCUGGUGAAAGAUUUGAAUUCAGGCCUCAUUGGAGCUCUGCUAGUAUGUAAAGAAGGAAGUCUUUCCAAAGAAAGAACACCAAUGUUGCACCAAUUUGUACUACUUUUUGCUGUGUUUGAUGAAGGGAAGAGCUGGCAUUCAGAAACAAAAGACUCCUUCACACAGGCUAUGGAUUCUACAUCUAAUGGAGCCUGGCCUAAAAUGCACACAAUAAAUGGCUAUGUAAACAGAUCUCUGCCAGGUCUAAUUGGAUGCCAUAGGAAAUCAGUCUACUGGCAUGUGAUUGGAAUGGGCACUACCCCUGAAGUACACUCAAUAUUCCUCGAAGGUCACACGUUUCUCGUGAGGAACCACCGUCAGGCUUCCUUGGAAAUAUCACCAAUAACUUUCCUUACUGCUCAAAUACUCUUGAUAGAUCUUGGACAGUUCCUGCUAUUUUGUCAUAUCUCUUCCCAUAAGCAUGAUGGCAUGGAAGCUUAUGUCAAAGUAGAUAGCUGCCCUGAGGAACCCCAAUGGCAAAAGAAAAAUAAUGAGGAAAUGGAAGAUUAUGAUGAUGAUCUUGAUUCAGAAAUGGACAUGUUCAUACUGGAUGAUGAUAAUUCUCCUUUUAUCCAAAUUCGCUCGGUUGCCAAGAAGUACCCUAAAACUUGGAUACAUUAUAUUUCUGCUGAGGAAGAAGACUGGGACUAUGCUCCUUCAGUUCUCAUCUCUAAUGAUGGAAAUUAUAAAAGCCAGUAUCUGAGCAAUGGUCCUCAUCGGAUUGGUAGAAAAUACAAAAAAGUCAGAUUUAUAGCAUACACAGAUGAAACUUUUAAGACUCGUGAAACUAUCCAGCAUGAAUCAGGAAUCUUGGGACCUUUACUUUAUGGGGAAGUUGGAGACACUUUGUUGAUUAUAUUUAAGAAUCAAGCAAGCCGACCAUAUAACAUUUACCCUCAUGGAAUCACUGACGUCAGCCCUCUACACUCAAGGAGAUUGCCAAGAGGUAUAAAGCAUGUGAAGGAUUUGCCAAUUCAUCCAGGAGAGAUAUUCAAGUAUAAAUGGACAGUUACUGUAGAAGAUGGACCAACUAAAUCGGAUCCACGAUGCCUGACCCGCUAUUAUUCAAGUUUCAUCAACCCUGAGAGAGAUCUAGCUUCAGGACUCAUUGGCCCUCUUCUCAUCUGCUACAAAGAAUCUAUAGAUCAAAGAGGAAACCAGAUGAUGUCAGACAAGAGAAAUGUCAUCCUGUUUUCUCUGUUUGAUGAGAACCAAAGCUGGUAUAUCACAGAGAACAUGCAACGCUUCCUCCCCAAUGCAGCUGAUACACAGCCCCAGGACCCUGAGUUCCAGACCUCCAACAUCAUGCACAGCAUCAAUGGCUAUGUUUUUGGUAGCUUGCAGUUGUCAGUUUGUUUGCAUGAGGUGGCAUACUGGUACAUUCUCAGUGUUGGAGCACAGACAGACUUCUUAUCUAUCUUCUUCUCUGGAUAUACCUUCAAACACAAAACGGUCUAUGAAGAUACACUUACCCUGUUUCCAUUCUCAGGAGAAACUGUCUUUAUGUCGAUGGAAAACCCAGGUCUAUGGGUCUUGGGAUGUCAUAAUUCUGACUUUCGGGAGAGAGGUAUGACAGCCUUGCUGAAAGUUUCUAGUUGUGACAAGAGCACUAGUGAUUAUUAUGGAGAAAUAUAUGAAGAUAUUCCAACACAGUUGGUGAAUGACAACAAUGUCAUUGCACCCAGAAGCUUUUUCCAGAAUUCAAAUCAUCCUAACACUAGGAAAAAGAAAUUCAAAGCCACCCCAAUUCUAAAAAAUUAUAUAGAGAAGAUUGAGCCUCAGUUUGGAGAGACAGCAGAGAUGCUUAAAAUACAAAGUGUCUCCUCUAGUGACUUAUUGAUGCUCUUGGAACAGAGUCAACCUACUCCACAUGGCUUAUCCUUAUCAGAUAACCAACAAGCCAUCUAUGAGGCUAUUCCUGAUGAUCAUUCCCUUGAUGCAAUAUACAACAAUGAAGGCCCAUCUAAAGUUGUCCAAGUCAGGCCAGAACUCCAUCAAAGUGGCAAAAUAGUAUUUACUCCUGAGUCAGGCCUCCAGUUAAGAUCAAAUAAAAAUUUGGAGACAACUAUAGAAGUAAAGUGGAAGAAACUUGAUUUGCAAGUUUCUGGUUUGCCAAAUAAUCUAAUGACCACAACAAUUCUGUCAGACAAUUUGACAGCAAUUUCUGAAAAGAUAGAUUAUUCAGGAUCUCCAGAUAUGCCAGUUCACUUUAUUAGUAAAUUAGGCACCACUGCAUUUAGUAAAAAAUUACAUCCCCUUAUUGGGUCUCAUGUACCUCUGAACAUUAGUGAAAGAAAUAGUGAUUCCAACUUGUUGGAUGCAACUUUAAUGACUAAUCAAGAAAAUUCACUAAGAGAUAAUAUAUCAUCAAUGGAGAAUGAUAGAUUACUCAAAGAGAAGAGCUUUUAUGGAAUUGCUUUGUUAGACAAAGAUAAUACCUUAUUCAAAGAUAAUAUCUCUUUGAUGAAAACAAACAAGACAUAUAAUCAUUCAACAACUAAUGGAAAAGCUCACAUUGACAGUCCAACAUCAAGUGAGACUAUUACAGCAAUCUUGCAGGAUACUGUAUUAAAAAUCAAUAGUGAAAUUCAAGAAUUAACAUCUUUGAUUCAUGAUGGCACACUUUCAGGCAAAAAUACUACAUAUUUGAGACUGAACCAUAUGCUGAAUAGAUCUGACUUAUCAAAAACUAAAGAAAUAUUUCCUAAAAAAGAUGAGGAUCCUGUUCCCCGAGAUACAGAAAAUACAAUCAUGCCAUUUUUCAAAAUGCUAUUCUUGCCAGAAUCAGCAAAUUGGAUGAAACGGACCAAUGGAAACAACUCCUUGAACUCUAAGAAAGGGCCCAGUCCAAAGCAAUUAGUAUCUUUAAUUUUAGAAAAGUCUGUGAAAAAUCAGACUUUCUUGUCAGAGAAGAAUAAAGUGAUAGUAGAACAGGAUGAAUUCACAAAGGACACAGGACUCAAACACAGGGUUUUUCCAAGCAACAUGAGCAUAUUUCUUACCACCUUGGCUAAUGUACAAGAAAAUAUGUACAAUCAAGAAAAAGAUAUUCAGGAAGAGAUAGAGAAGGAAGCAUCAAUCAAAGAGAAAGUAGUUUUGCCUCAGGUGCACAUAGCAACUGGCUCUAAGAACUCCCUGAAAGACAUUUUCUUUCUAGGUACUAGAAAUACUUCAAUACUUCAAGAUAUCAGCUCAAUAAACAACUCAACAAAUACAGUAGAGAGUCACAUGGCCCAUUUCUUUAAAAAAGAGGAGGACGGGGAAAUAAAUUCAGAAGGUUUGGUAAAUAAAACCAGAGAAAUGGUAAAGAACUAUACAAGCCAAAAGAAUAAUAUUACUCGACGUAGUAAACGAGCUUUGGGACAAUUCAGACUCCCACUAAAAGAAACAGAGCUUGACAAGCAGCAAAUUGUUAAAUCCAAUAAAGCAAAGAGACAUGAGGAAAGAUUGAAAGAAACAAGCGAGAGCUCUGAAAAGAUUCUCUCUAAACUGCUGGACCAUGAUGCUGCACAGAUGCCAAAAGAUAAGUGGAAACCCAAACAGAAGUCACCAGAAAUUACAUCCACUAAGAGAGAGGACAUUAUUUUGUCUCUGAACCCUCAUGAAAAUAAUCAUUCAGUAGUGGGAAAUGAGAAACAAAAUUGGCCCCAAAGAGAAGCCUCUUGGGUAAAGCAAGGUCAGAUUCAAAGGUUGUGCUCUCAAAAUCCACCACACUUGAAACGCCAUCAAAGGGAACUUAAUGCUCUUGAGUCAGAACAAGAAGCAACUGACUAUGAUGAUUCCAUCACUGUUGAAACAAAUGAGGAUUUUGACAUUUAUGGUGAAAAUAUAAAGCAGGAUCCCCGCAGCUUUCAACAGAAGACACGGCACUAUUUUAUUGCAGCUGUGGAGCGGCUCUGGGACUAUGGGAUGAGUACAUCUCCUCAUGUUCUACAAAAUAGGCAUCAAAGUGGCAAUGCACCUCAGUUCAAGAAAGUAGUUUUUCAAGAAUUUACUGAUGGCUCCUUUAGUCAACCCUUGUACCGGGGAGAACUAAAUGAACAUUUGGGGUUGUUGGGACCAUAUAUAAGAGCAGAAGUUGAAGACAAUAUUAUGGUAACUUUCAAAAACCAGGCCUCUCGCCCCUACUCCUUCUAUUCUAGCCUUAUUUCUUAUAAGGAAAAUCAGAGACAAGGAGAAGAACCUAGAAGAAACUUUGUCAAGCCUAAUGAAACAAAAAUUUAUUUUUGGAAAGUACAACAUCAUAUGGCACCCACAGAAGAUGAGUUUGACUGCAAGGCCUGGGCUUAUUUCUCUGAUGUUGAUCUUGAAAGAGAUAUGCACUCAGGAUUGAUUGGACCCCUUCUGAUUUGCCACACGAACACACUGAAUCCUGCUCAUGGAAGACAAGUGUCAGUACAGGAAUUUGCUCUGUUUUUCACUAUCUUUGAUGAGACCAAGAGCUGGUACUUUACUGAAAAUGUGGAAAGGAACUGCAAGAAACCCUGCAAUAUCCAGAUAGAAGACCCCACUUUGAAAAAUAAUUAUCGCUUCCAUGCAAUCAAUGGUUAUGUGAUGGAUACCCUACCAGGCUUAGUAAUGGCUCAAGAUCAAAGAAUUCGUUGGUAUCUUCUCAGCAUGGGCAGCAAUGAGAACAUCCAGUCUAUUCAUUUCAGUGGACAUGUGUUCACUCUACGGAAAAAAGAGGAGUACAAAAUGGCAGUGUACAACCUCUACCCAGGAGUUUUUGAGACAGUGGAAAUGCUACCAUCCAGAGCUGGAAUUUGGCGAGUAGAAUGUCUUAUUGGCAAGCACUUACAGGCUGGAAUGAGCACUCUUUUUCUAGUAUACAACAAGUGGUGUCAGAUUCCCCUGGGAAUGGCUUCUGGAAGCAUCAGGGAUUUUCAGAUUACAGCUUCUGGACACUAUGGACAGUGGGCUCCAAACCUGGCCAGACUUCAUCAUUCUGGAUCAAUCAAUGCCUGGAGUACCAAGGAGCCCUUUUCUUGGAUCAAGGUAGAUCUGUUGACACCAAUGAUUAUUCAUGGCAUCAAGACUCAGGGUGCCCGUCAGAAAUUUUCCAGCCUCUACAUCUCUCAGUUUAUCAUCAUGUAUAGUCUCGAUGGCAAGAAGUGGCUGAGUUAUCGAGGGAAUUCCACUGGAACUUUAAUGGUCUUCUUUGGCAAUGUGGAUUCAUCUGGGAUUAAGCACAAUAGUUUUAAUCCUCCAAUUAUUGCUCGGUAUAUCCGUUUGCACCCCACUCAUUCUAGCAUCCGCAGUACUCUUCGAAUGGAGUUGAUUGGCUGUGAUUUAAACAGUUGUAGCAUACCAUUGGGAAUGGAGAAUAAAGUAAUAUCAGAUACACAAAUUACUGCCUCAUCCUACUUCACCAAUAUGUUUGCCAGUUGGUCUCCUUCACAAGCACGACUUCACCUCCAGGGAAGGACUAAUGCCUGGCGACCUCAGGUGAAUGAUCCAAAAGAAUGGUUGCAAGUGGACUUACAAAAGACAAUGAAAGUCACUGCAAUAAUAACACAGGGAGUGAAAUCUCUCUUUACCAGCAUGUUUGUGAAAGAGUUCCUUAUCUCCAGCAGUCAAGAUGGCCAUCACUGGACUCACAUUUUACACAAUGGCAAAAUAAAGGUUUUUCAGGGGAAUCAUGACUCAUCCACACCAACGGUGAAUUCUCUAGACCCACCAUUACUCACUCGAUACCUUCGAAUUCACCCCCAGGUCUGGGAGCACCAAAUUGCCCUGAGGCUUGAGAUUCUUGGAUGUGAGGCCCAGCAGCUGUACUGAGGUGGCUUCUGCAUCCUCUACUUGUUACUCUUUGCCUCCUUCUUCAGCUCCAGGAUUGUCUUAGUCAGUGUGUUGUUGCUGUGAAAAAUCACCAUGACCAUGACAACUCUUAUCAAAGAAAGCAUUUAAUUGUGGCUUGCUUAUAAUUUCAGAGGUUUAGUCUAUUGUCAUGGUAGAGAGUAUGGUAGCAUGUAGGCAGAUAUGGUACUCAAGAAGCAGCUUAGAGUUCUACAUCUGAAUCCACAGGCUGCAGGAAGAGAGAGAGAAUGGCCCUGGCUGGGCUUUUUAAACCUCAGUGUCCACCCUCAGUGACACACUUCCUCCAACAUGGCCAUACCUACUCCAACAAGGCCAUACCUCCUAAUCCUCUGUAGCUCCACUCCCUGAUGACUGAGAAUUCAAAUAUAUGAGCCUAUGGGGGCUAUUCUUUUCAAACCACAAGGAAGUUCUCUCACUAAUUCAAGACCAGCAUCCCUCUCAGGUUUCCACAUACAUACUGCCCCACACUGAUUAUGCCACCAUCAUUUUAUUUAAAACCAUACAGUCAUAUAUGACUCUAUUCUGAUGCUUCCCAAAUUAUUAAUUCUGCAUUUUCCGAAAACUUAAGUGUCAACAUUCAUAAUGGAAGCUGUGAAGAAUCACACUAAGUUUUAUAAUUUCAGUAUCAAAUAUAUUUUAUGCACUACCAAAACCAAAAAAUUUGUGACAGAAUCAGAACUAGAAAAACAAUUAGCUUAUACCCUCUUAAAUAACUCAUGACCAUUAGCUGCAUUCUUGACCCCCUUAUAUUUAGCCUUCCUUGUUCUCUUUUCUUCAUGUUAUAUUGUACCCAAAUGUACAUUUUUGUUUACAUAUAUACAUAUAUUAUUAGCUAUAUGCAGAUUUUUUUCUUUGACAUUGUAUGACCUCACUUAAUAAUAUACAUUCGAAGUCUAUCCAUGUUCCUGUAAUUUUACCUUCAUUUGAACCUUAAUUUAGAACCUGAAGCACUGAAACUUUUAGAAGAAAACACAGAGGAGAGCCUUUAACAUAUCAGAGUAGUCAAGAACUUUUUAAUCAAACACUAACAGCAUAGGAACUAACCCCAAGUAUCAACAGAUGGGACUGCAUGAAAAUAAAAAGUUUCUGUACAGAAAAAGAAACAAUCAGCAGUUAACAUACAGCCCACAGAAUAAGAGAAAAGUCUUUACCAGCUACACAUCAUGAAAACAUAAAUAUCCAGAAUUUACAAAGAACUGCAGAAAUUAAAUACCAAUUAAAAAUUGUUAAUCAACUAAUAGGCAAAUGAACAUAAUGCACAGUUUUCAAAAAAAUGAAACACAACUGGUCAAUAACUAUUUUUUAGUGUUCAAUAUCCCUACCCAUCAGGGAAAUGCAAAUCAAACUAUUUUGAGAUACCACCUCACCCUAGUCAUUAUAGCUAUCAACAAAUCUGAUGAGAAAUGUUGGAGGGGAUGUGGAGAGAAGGCAUACUUUAUUCGCUGUUGGUGGUAAUUAAUAUUGCCAUUGUGGAAAUCAAUUUGGAAAUUUCUCAAAAAAAUAAAAGCAGAGCUAACAUAUGACCCAGCUGUUUCAUUCCUGGACAUAUGCCCAGAAAACUCCAUACCCUACCAUAGACAUAUAUGUAUCUCUAUGUUUAUCCUGUCUUAUUAACUAUAGCAAAGAAUUAGAAUCAACAGAUGAAUGGAUAAUAAAAAUUUAGUAUAUACAGGCCGGGCGUUGGUGGCGCACGCCUUUAAUCCCAGCACUCGGGAGGCAGAGCCAGGCGGAUCUCUGUGAGUUCGAGGCCAGCCUGGGCUACCAAGUGAGCUCCAGGAAAGGCGCAAAGCUACACAGAGAAACCCUGUCUCGAAAAACCAAAAAAAAAAAAAAAAUUUAGUAUAUACAAAUAUAUAUAUAAUAGACUGCUACUCAGCUCUAAUGAUAAUACUAUCAUUAUAAUACUAAAUAAUACUAAAAUACUAAAAGACAUUUUAAUAUUUCCACAGGAAAAUUAUAAAGUUUAAAGUUCUAUUAAUGCAUUUGUUUUAAUCCUUCCUUCACUUAAUUUCCUGCUAAAACAAAAAUAUAAUGGAACUUUUUAUACUAUAUCUUUGUCAUUGAAUCACGAGAAAUCUCAACUGUUAAAAAUUAGUGAAUACUCCAGUAUGCAUUGCCACAUUCUCUCCAGAAGCUUGGGAAUGUUUCACUGGUUCUUCUACCUGUACACUUUAUUAUGCACAAACACAUCAUGGUAGCAAUUAUAGUCCACCAAACAGUCAGAGGAUGCAUUUAAAGUUUGCAGCCCAGGAUGGUUUGAAAACAGGAGAGAAAAAAAAUGUGUCCCAGUCACAGAAAAGGCAAAAGAAUGGAUAUGGUUGUUGUUUCAUCCUAGUACAUUUUCUAGUAAUCCUGCUUGGCCCUUCUGUGACUUCUUUGGGAAUUAUAACACAGUUGCCACAUUUGUUAUAAUCCACAACUGACAAAAAUGCAGAUGAUAUGGUUUUAUUUCCUAUAAAAUUCUAACCACUCAUAUCUAACUUAAUAAUCUGAUUUUGACAGUCUUUUCCAUUGAUGAUACAGCUCUAUUUCUCAAAUGCUCUUGAAAUCUAUUGUUUUGUCUUCAGACAUGAGUUAAAUAAAACAUUGAUGCAUACAAA